GCCGCCAGCAGCACCCGCGCGCCGCCGCGCGCCGUCCGCAGCAUCGCGAGCGACCCCGGAAGUGGCGCGGCCUCACGCGCGCCACCGGAAGCAGGGCGAGCGCUUCCGGAUGCGCUGCGGGGCGUCACCAUGACAAUCCCCGGCACGUGACCGAGAGGCAGCCGCGACCCCCGCGCGCCGCCAGCGCAGGUAUGGACGAUGGCUUCCUCAUGGAGGUGUGCGUGGACUCGGUGGAGUCCGCCGUCAACGCGGAGCGCGGAGGCGCCGGCCGGAUCGAGCUGUGCGCGGGCCUAGUGGAAGGAGGGACCACUCCAAGCAUGGGUGAGCCUCUUCCAGCCCCGGCCCGCGGGGGCCCGCGCUCCCCGCGUCCGUACAGAGGCAACGAGUAUUCCCCUCCCAGGGCUGUCCCGCUCCCUGGGAGUCGGCGGAGCUCUCCCCUGCGCCAUAUUCCCCGGCGCCCUCCUCUCAUUUCCCCUCUUCCUCAUCCCCCCGCUCUUCCUUCGCUUCCGUGCCCUGCCAGCAUGGCUUUCCCCAUGUGCCCCCGGCACCUUUCCACGCAGUCUCGCCUCACCGCCUCUCCGCCGGCCAGCUCUGGCGGAGCUGGAUGCCGAGCUGCCCCUCUCCCCGCCCGCCCAGGGCUGCUGCAGGUGGUGAAGCAGUGCGUACGAGUCCCCGUCUUCGUAAUGAUCCGACCUCGCGGCGGCGAUUUCCUCUACUCGGACCGGGAGGUGGAAGUGAUGAAGGCAGACAUUCGCCUGGCCAAGCUGCACGGGGCCGACGGGCUGGUGUUCGGGGCCCUCACUGAGGACGGGCGCAUUGAUACGGAGCUGUGCACGGCCUUGCUGGCGGUGUGCCGUCCCCUGCCAGUCACGUUCCACCGAGCCUUCGACAUGGUACAUGACCCUCUGGUGGCACUGGAGACCCUGAUUUCCCUGGGAUUUGAGCGAGUGUUGACAAGUGGCUGCGACAGCUCAGCCCUGGAAGGAUUGUCCUUAAUUAAGAGGCUUGCAGAACAGGCGAAGGGCAGGAUUGUGGUGGUGCCAGGGGGUGGCAUCACCGAGCGCAACUUGCAGAGGAUUCUGGAAGGCUCCACUGCUUCAGAGUUCCACUGCUCUGCUCGCUCAGCUCGGGACUCAGGGAUGAAGUUCAGAAACCCGAACGUUGCCAUGGGAGCAUCCUUCUCUGCCCCUGAAUACUCCAUCAAGGUGGCGGAUGUGGCCAAAGUGAGGACCCUGAAUGCCAUCGCAAAGAACAUCCUGUAGUGGGAGGCACCUAGCCGGGACAAGAGUGCUGGGGCUGUGGGGGCUUCCCUGCCGUGGGGCACGCAGGCACUGCUUCCAUCCUCCAGCUCCAGAGGAUGGCAAUGAGCUGUUGCAGCCUGACAUCUUCCCUUGGCUUGCCCUGAGUGAGCAGUCCCCAGCCUGGAAGCCUAAUGUUGGCUAUUUUAAAUAAAAGGACUCGUUCCCA